UCGGAGGUGCCGUACUGAGCGCCGCGGAGACGGGCUCCGGUGCCGCGGAUUCCUUUACAAAGAAACUCAGGGGACCGGGAAGAAGGAAUCUCACCGCGGGGCCGCUCCAGAAAUUAAGGUCUUCUGGCGAAGGGACUGGAGACUCAUUCGGAGCCCAACCGGCAGCAAAUUGAUGACUUUUCCGUGCUGAUCUCUUCCCGCCUCGGUAUUUUCCCUUGGAUAUCAACUUGCAGAUCUGAAGAAAUGUCAUUCCGGGCAAUUUGCGUGUUGGUUGGAGUAUUUGUUUGUUCUGUCUGUGUAAAAGGAUCGUCUCAGCCCCAAGCAAGAGUUUAUUUAACAUUUGAUGAGCUUCGAGAAACCAAGACCUCUGAAUACUUCAGCCUGUCCCACCAUCCUUUAGACUACAGGAUAUUAUUAAUGGAUGAAGAUCAGGACCGGAUAUAUGUGGGCAGCAAAGAUCACAUUCUUUCCUUGAAUAUUAACAAUAUAAGUCAAGAACCUUUGAGUGUUUUCUGGCCAGCAUCUACAAUCAAAGUCGAAGAAUGCAAAAUGGCUGGCAAAGAUCCAACACACGGCUGUGGGAACUUCGUCCGUGUGAUUCAGGCCUUCAACCGCACGCAUUUGUAUGUUUGUGGGAGUGGUGCCUUCAGCCCAGUCUGUACUUAUUUGAACAGAGGGAGGAGAUCAGAGGACCAAGUUUUCAUGAUUGACUCCAAGUGUGAAUCUGGAAAAGGACGCUGCUCUUUCAACCCCAAUGUGAACACAGUGUCUGUUAUGAUCAAUGAAGAGCUUUUCUCUGGAAUGUAUAUAGAUUUCAUGGGGACAGAUGCUGCUAUUUUUCGCAGUUUAACCAAGAGGAAUGCAGUCAGAACAGAUCAACACAAUUCCAAAUGGCUGAGUGAACCUAUGUUUGUGGAUGCACAUGUUAUCCCAGAUGGCACUGAUCCGAACGAUGCCAAGGUGUACUUCUUCUUCAAAGAGAAACUGACCGACAACAGCAGAAGCACAAAACAGAUUCAUUCCAUGAUCGCUAGAAUAUGUCCUAAUGACACUGGUGGACUGCGCAGUCUUGUCAACAAGUGGACUACCUUCUUAAAAGCCAGGCUGGUGUGCUCGGUGACUGAUGAAGAUGGCCCAGAAACGCACUUCGAUGAAUUAGAGGAUGUGUUUCUGCUGGAAACUGAUAACCCAAGGACAACUCUAGUGUAUGGCAUUUUUACAACAUCAAGCUCUGUUUUUAAAGGAUCAGCAGUGUGUGUGUAUCAUUUAUCUGAUAUACAGACUGUGUUUAAUGGGCCUUUUGCCCACAAAGAAGGACCCAAUCACCAGCUCAUCUCCUAUCAGGGGAGAAUUCCAUAUCCUCGCCCUGGAACUUGCCCAGGAGGAGCCUUUACACCCAACAUGCGAACCACCAAGGAGUUCCCAGAUGACGUUGUCACUUUCAUACGGAACCAUCCGCUCAUGUACAAUUCCAUCUACCCAAUCCACAGGAGGCCUUUGAUUGUUCGUAUAGGCACUGACUAUAAGUACACAAAGAUAGCUGUGGAUCGAGUGAAUGCUGCCGAUGGUAGAUACCACGUCCUGUUUCUCGGAACAGAUCGGGGUACUGUGCAGAAGGUGGUUGUUCUUCCUAGGAACAGCUCUGCCAGUGGUGAGCUCAUUCUGGAGGAGUUGGAAGUCUUUAAGAAUCGUGCUCCCAUAACAACAAUGAAAAUUUCAUCCAAAAAGCAACAGUUGUAUGUGAGCUCCAAUGAAGGGGUUUCCCAAGUGUCCCUGCAUCGCUGCCACAUCUACGGUACAGCCUGUGCUGACUGCUGCCUGGCAAGGGACCCUUACUGUGCCUGGGACGGCCAUUCUUGCUCUAGGUUCUACCCAACCGGGAAGCGGAGGAGCCGAAGACAAGAUGUGAGACACGGAAAUCCGUUGACUCAAUGCAGAGGAUUUAAUCUAAAAGCAUAUAGAAAUGCAGCUGAAAUUGUUCAGUAUGGAGUGAAAAAUAACACCACUUUCCUUGAGUGUGUCCCCAAGUCUCCGCAGGCAUCUGUCAAGUGGUUGUUACAGAAAGACAAAGACAGGAGGAAAGAGGUCAAGCUGAAUGAACGAAUCAUAGCCACGUCACAAGGACUCCUGAUCCGCUCCGUUCAGGAUUCUGACCAAGGACUGUAUCACUGCAUUGCAACAGAAAAUAGCUUCAAGCAGACCAUAGCCAAGAUCAACUUUAAAGUUUUAGAUUCCGAAAUGGUGGCUGUUGUGACAGACAAGUGGUCCCCAUGGACCUGGGCCAGCUCUGUGAGGGCUUUACCCUUCCACCCGAAGGACAUCAUGGGAGCAUUCAGCCACUCAGAAAUGCAGAUGAUUAAUCAGUACUGCAAGGACACUCGACAGCAACAUCAACAGGGAGAAGAAUCCCAGAAGACGAGGGGGGACUACGGCAAGUUAAAGGCUCUCAUCAAUAGCCGGAAAAGUAGAAACAGGAGGAAUCAGUUGCCAGAAUCAUAAUGUUUUCUUACAUGGGGCUUAUGCUUCCAGUAGCAAUGGUCUGUCUUCAAUGAUCAAAUUUUGAGCAAAGAAUCUCAUGCUUUACCCAUGGAAAAUUCCUGAGAAAGGUGGUUACUCACUCCUGAAGUGAGUGUUACGUGAACUGAAAUGAGCAUGCAUUUUCUUGUAUGUAUUGACUAGCACUAGACAUGUCAUGGUCCUCAUGGUGCAUAUAAAUAUUUAACUUAAGCCAGAUUUUAUUUAUAUCUUUAUUUACCUUUUCUUCAAAAUCAAUAUGGCGGCUAUAAAACUAGAAUUCUUACAUCCCUUAAUUGAACAAGGGCCAUAACCCUAUGAUCUUCCUUCUUUGCUUUAAGGGUUUAGAUUUCUAAUUGUCAGUGAUUUUUAUGUAUGAAAGCAAAUGCCAGGUUAACAACUUUUACAUGGUGAAAGUUGUAUAAAUGCGUGUGACAGAGUAGCUGUCAAAAGAAAUGUAACAUAGGAAAAAGACAAGGAAGAGGGCAUUUAGGAGUCGUGUAAGACAUGAGUGAUUCAUAAAGAGAAAGCGAGGAGUUUAUAUGCUUCCAGUGGAAUGUAUUAUUGGUUACUUUAAGAUUGUAAAAACCGUCAGUUGCUGGUAUCUGUCGUUGAUUUUUGUUCCUUGUUUCAGGAAGAUAAAAUGAAUGACCCUCACCAUGAACAUCUUUAAUUGGAGUUAUGUCGCUGAAGGAUUUAAGUUCAUAUUCUUAUGUUAUCGUCUUCCAAACAAAAGCACUUUCUUUUUUUGGAAGUUACUUAAGUUAUUCUAGACUCAGAGAAUAUAAUCUUAUGUUGUUUAAUUGAUUACUGUGUUUGUUCUACUUUUCUAAUCUGUGGGGCAGAUUAAACAAUAUGAGAAGAAAAAUUUUUGAAAUAUCAAACUUGAGUGUGAGGGGUGAAACCAUGAAAAUGGAAAAAAAUGAAAAAACAAAGUAGAAAAUGCAAUUUUGUUAAGAGAAGUUUAUAAAAAAGUGUGACUAGUUUUUAACUUCAAUAAUUAAUUUUGAUGAUUAACACAUUGUUUUUUAUUCCCCAACCUCAGAUAUCAUACUGCUUUUUAAGUCACCAGGUCAUUUUUUUAUGAGCUUUUGUGUGCACUGGAGAGGUGCUCAUUUUGUGGAGAAAUGAAAAAAAAAUUCUAAUAUGAAUAAAAAUAGACAUACUUUCUUUUAAAAGAAUGUUGGUGCAUUAUUUUCAGUGGUAUAGAAACACAAAUGUGGUAAGUUUUGAUGAAUAAAAUAAUCUUCUAAUUGUAUGUUUGGAUCAUUUUAUUAGAAUAACUUAAUAUUGAAUUUUUUACUUCAAAUAACCAUUAGAUGGGAUAAAUAUGAAAGAUUUCUUCAUAUUCUCAUAUUUCUUUUAAAAACACAACUUUUGAUCUUUCGUUUUAUUUACUUUUAAAUUUAUUUUCAUGUUCCAGGUGCAAACAGAAAUUGUAUCAUAGACCUAAUUGAAAUCUGGUACAGAAUUCUUAUUCAUAGUUAACAGGAAGGUAAUCAAAGUCGAUCUAUCACCUUUUUAGGCAACUGCAGUAUAAAGCUCCAAGAACUAAAAUCAUUGUCAAAAUGAAUGUAAUCAUUAACCGAAUCUAAGAAUAUGAUUUAUUAUUUAAGUGGUGGUAAAUCGUGAUAUUUUAAGAGGCCUCAAUGGAGGAGGCAGUGAAAAUACACAAUAUAAAUAAUGUUCAUUCAAAAAAAAAAAAAAAACCUGUUAAAUAGAAGCUGUUGUUCCAAAUGUGUGUGAUUCUGAAGUAGCUUUAAAGCAGCUUAUUAUACAAAUUGCUUGCCUGCUUAAAGGGUGUAACUAAACGUCUUCAUUUCUCCUCUAUGUGCACAAAUAAAAAUGUGUGUAGAGCUAAAACCAUCUUCUGCGUUUAAGGCCAAUCUCUUCUAUGUACAGAGUUGAGAGACAAGUUGUGUCAGGGUCAGAGGAUAGGGUAACUACACAGGUCCCCUUGCUUCAUGUAAACCCAAACUGAUAGACAAUAGGGUGUUUAGUUUUGUAAUAUUAUUUGUGCUAUUUAAUACUUUCUCCUUUGAACGUUGUUAAAUUGUAUAUAUUUUUAUUACUUUUCUUUUAAAAUUAUAGAAAUCCUUCUUGAACAUAACAGCCAAAUGUAAAGAAAAUUUUCUUUCUCAAAAGUAUCAUUAACGUAUACUGAAUGUUUGUGGUUGAUUGGUUUUAUUUUGCAUAGUUUGACAAUUCGGUGACUUAAUAUGUUUCCCAUUUGUAUUGUACAUAAAAUUUCCUAGAAAUGCACUUUUUUUCAAAGUGUAGGUUUGUGAAUAGAUUUUAGCAUGAUGAAACUGUCAUUACAGUGAAUGUUCACUCUGUGUAAGAAAGCAAACUCAAUGUAGUUAGCGCAUUAAUAUUUAAUUGGAUCUUGAAGAAAUCAUUUGCCUGGCAAAAUAAAACAUGUUUAAUUCCCCAA